AGAGGAAGAAAAUCAGAGUGAGCGGGAGGGACGGCGAGAGCGACUGGGCAAUAAUCACGCACAAACAUUAAUGCUUGCUUAUGCUGGUUUACAAAAAACCCAAGAAAAUAGGAAAAGCAUACACUAGCAAAGAAAUUCUGCACAGAGACACAAAGUAAAAUCCAGCUAUUAUUACCAGAGUCGCCGCGAGCUCUGCCUCUAAAUUUGUUGUGUUCUCUCUCAGUCUCUGAAUUUUGCGCACAUUUUUCUCCUUCACCGCGUAAUUUUGUUUCGUUUUUCUUUUUCCCGUGCCUUACCCGUUAUCCCAACGCCAUUUGCUAGACGGACUUGUCAAAACCCUUUGUUUUUUGUAUGUUUUUUUGUAAGAUUUAUUUGUUCCUUUUUAUGUUUGUCUUUGUUCUAUUUGUUGAGUUAUUUUUUAAUUGGGCUUCGAUUUAGUAGUGAAGUUCUUCGCUUUUUUUUUUUCCCGGGUUGAGGGAGCUGCUUGAUCUAUCCUGUGUCUUCAUAGGGACACUUGGGUUGUGUUGUCUUCCUUUUUCUUUCUAUUUCAUGUUAAAUUGUGGGAAUUUGAGAUGCGUGGGUGGGAUGAGACAUUUGUUUCAGGUGGUGGUUCACUGUUGAUUGUGGGAAUUUAUUCUGUUUUUUUAUGUGUGCACUAGAGAGAGAGAGAGAGAGAGAGGGAAUGGGUUGCUUUUCUUGCUUCAGUCCUAGACGAAAUGAUGUUCGAAGGAUCGAAAUUGAGAAUGGUCCGCGAUCCGGCACACGGCAUUCUGCUGAUUCCUCAGGAUGUGGAUAUCCAGGUGGUGGCAGGGGAAAGGACUCCUAUGAUAAUGAUAACGGGAAAGGGAAAGGUACUUUGAAUCAUAACAGAGGCAACAGCCCAAAAUGCAGUCCGGCACGCAGUUUUACAUUUCGUGAACUAGCAGCAGCCACAAGAGGUUUUAGGGAGGUGAAUCUAAUCGGGGAAGGGGGUUUUGGAAGGGUUUACAAGGGCCGACUUGAGACAGGCCAGAUCGUUGCAAUUAAACAACUUAAUCAUGAUGGCAUCCAGGGGUUUAAGGAAUUCCUUGUGGAGGUUCUCAUGCUAAGCUUGUUACACCAUUCUAAUCUCGUCACCUUGAUUGGCUAUUGCACUGAUGGAGAUCAGAGACUGUUGGUUUAUGAGUACAUGCCAAUGGGUUGUUUGGAAGAUCAUCUCUUCGAUCUGGACCCUGAGAAAGAACCACUGAGUUGGAAUACUAGAAUAAAAAUUGCUGUUGGUGCAGCUCGUGGCCUUGAGUAUCUCCACUGCAAAGCCAAUCCCCCUGUUAUUUACCGCGACUUGAAAUCUGCAAAUAUCUUGCUGGACAAUGAGUUCAAUCCAAAGCUCUCAGAUUUUGGGCUUGCUAAACUGGGACCUGUUGGUGACAAUACUCAUGUUUCAACCAGAGUGAUGGGAACAUAUGGUUACUGUGCCCCAGAGUAUGCAAUGAGUGGCAAGUUGACCCUUAAAUCUGAUAUCUAUAGCCUUGGUGUGGUUCUGUUGGAGUUGAUCACUGGCCGGAGGGCAAUAGACUGUAGUAAGAAGCAGGGAGAGCAGAACCUUGUUUCUUGGUCUCGUCCAUUUUUGAGGGACCGAAGGAAGUUCAUCCAAUUAGUUGAUCCUUUAUUGCAAGGUUGCUUCCCUGUUCGUUGUUUGCAUCAUGCAAUCGCUAUUACUGCAAUGUGUCUUCAGGAGCAACCAACAUUCCGCCCUCUUAUUGGCGAUAUUGUCGUGGCACUCGAGUACUUGUCCUCUCAGACUUGCACCUCUGAAGUCCAUAAUAGCCGGGUCCACAGUCCCCCGCCUCAGUCAUCUUCUGUUUAAAACAUUGAUAGGCAGAAGCUGCUGAAAUGCUUUGAUUAACUGUUUGCUGCCUAGGCAAAUUUAGAAGAAAAAUGUAUUGAAAUCCAUUCUCCAUUGUAUUAUAUAUGCACCUAGAGAAUGAGUAUAUAUAUGUAUGCUUUAUGUUAUAUAUAUCCAGGUUUGGGAAUUAUAUUUUUUAUUAUUAUUAUUAUUUGAAGUAAUUAAAAGUGGUUAGGUGUUUAUGAUUAUUGGCUCGGGACUUGUAAGAAGAAGAGAGUCCACUCGAUGGUGCCAUUGAAAUGGGAAUCAAGAAAUUCAAACGUGGUGAGGUUUUGCUUGGUUUUGGAGCUCAUUUUGUGUUGUCAUGCUUAGCCCAACAUGGCCAGGAGAAGAAGAAAGAUAAGUUAAACCUACCCAUAUACACAUUGUAUUGUGCUGUUAUGGGGUCUACCUUUGUGUAAUUAUUGUCUGGAUUCUUGAAUCUUGAAUUUAAUGAAAUUAGGGGAAAAAAAUAUUUGUUCUUGA